AGCAGUAUUGUGAUAGGCCGCGUGGAGUUCCGGGGCCGGGCAGCAGCAGCAGCGGUACUCGGAGCCUCAGUACUUCCAGUACUUCAGUAGUACUGCUGCCAGUACCCGUGGGAGUACUUGUACCUGCCGUGCCACCGUCGGGCCUGUCGUCAUCAUGGAGCUGGACAAAAUGGACGAAAACGAGUGGAAGUAUCACGGGGAAGGAAACAAGAGCCUGGUGGUGUCACACGUCCAGCUUUCCAGAGUUCUACGUCUGCUCAAGUAUCCAGCUGAGGACUGUGAGAACCCACCGCAGACACCGGAGCAGGCCUUCAGGCAGAUCCAGAACAUUGUUGACUUCAGCUCCAACGUGAUGAGCAGCCUGCUGGGAGAGAAGUUCAUCCACAGCGGGGAAGUGGUCAAACUGCCGCUGGAGUUUGUACGGCAGCUGUCAAUCAGAGUUCAGCAUCAAAGACCAGCGUGGCGCUGUGAUAAGGUGAUGGACAUCUACAGCGGCUGUGCUCUCUGUCUGCCCAACCUGACGUCUCCAACUCUGCACCAGCCAACACACGCUCUUCCCCUCUGCAUCGAGAUCAAGCCUAAAUGUGGCUUCCUGCCGUCCUCCAAACAUGUCAGCAAAGACAUCAAGACUAAAGUGUGUCGCUUCUGCAUGCACCAACACUACAAGGUGUCCAAUGGGAAGUGGAAGAGACGCAGUCUUUACUGUCCUCUAGACCUGUUCUCAGGGAACAGACAGAGAAUGCAGUUUGCCAUCAGACAACUCAUAGAAGAACCUCAGAACAACUUCAAAAUCUUCAAGGGCGGUCAGUGCAUUUAUAGUAGUAAAGAAGGAAGUGACGACUCAUUGGACCUGAACUCUCUGCUGCAUCAGCUCAGACCGUACUUCAUGUACGGAAACAACAGAAUCAUCGGUCACGUGACCGGCAAGGCUGUUCUCAACGACUUCAUCCAGGUCCUGGUGAACGCCCUGCUGAGUGGUGGAGGAGGGCACGGCGGGGGGGUGGCGGACAGAUGUGGAGAGGGGCGGAGCUUCUGUGAAGCCAGUCUUUUCAACAAGGAGAGGAUUCGUCACGGCUCUCAGGAUUUACCCAGCAAUAGUGUUCUGUCCAGGAUCCUUCAGACUCAGAUGUUGGACACGCUGAACAUCGAAGGUCUUCAUCCUUUGUAUCGCCGAGUGGAGCAACAUCUGCAGGACUUCCCCAAGGAGAGAACUCGGCUUCAGAUCGACGGGCCGUACAACGAGGCCUUCCUGGAAAAGCUGCAGAAAUGUCAGGCUGAGGACGACGGCUCUGUGGAGUACGCCGCCGCCAAGGUUCAUCAGUACCGCGCUGCCAUGACAGCCAAGGACUGCUCCAUCAUGGUGGCCUUGGUGCCGAGCCCUGAGGAAGAGGAGGAUGACGAUGAAGGUCUGUCCAGUCAGAGGUGGCUCCGAGACUUCCUCUCAACCAGACCUCCUGCCUUCUCCUACUCUGUCUCCAUUCUGGAUCUGGAUCCGAAGCCGUUCGACGCCAUCCCCUGCCAGCUGCGCCUGGACCAGAGGAUCGUCUCCUGCUACUUGAGGACCGGGGGUACCCUGCCGAAGGCCUCUCUGCAGCCGCUGCCGGGCAUCUUCGCGGCUGCAGAGAGAGAGGACUGCACACUGCUCUUCCACCCGGUGUGAACGGCCACAAAGCGCCAGGCGACACUACAGGAGACAAACAUAUCUGACGCCACACUGAUGCCUCGAACAGAGACGCCAUGUUGAAGAGUUAAGGAGCAGAGCUGUUUAUUCACUGCAGCACUUCCUCCUCCUCCUCCUCCUCCUCACUCAGACCAUGUUGACAGGUAUCACCCUCUGGUUCCUGCUGCUGCUCAGCAACAAAAAAAAUCUAAAGCAAGUUGCAGAUAAAUCGCCAGAAAACGACAAGCAGAUGCAUUUAGUUUCCAGAGCUUUUGUGAUGUUGUGGCAGUUUGACAUUUUACUCCUGUGCAGAGGUGAAUCCCAACGUCACCGCUCCGUUCUGUCACAACUCACAUCGACUGGAAACCUCGUACGAAGCAUGGGUCUCUCUUUCGUUGACAAAAGUCGAGAUUAAAGGACAGGUUCUCAAGUCUUAAAACAAUAAUCAGGCGUCCAUAUUCAAAUAGCAACUGGGUUUUCUUGCUGUAAUUAUUUCCACUUGUCGUUAAGAGAUCUUCUCCUUCUGCACUUUCUAUGUACAUAAGUGAUGAGGUGCAGAAUCCACGACUGCAGAAACAAAGGUUUCAGUAAUGAGGCUGGAGCUUAAUUUACAUUUUUACAAAUAAAGUUGGUAUUUUCUGAAGUCAGAUCUUAACAGUGUUUCCCACAGAUUGUUAAUCUAUGUGGUUGCUGCGGGGGGGCGGGUCGCCCUGUGAGCACGUAUGAUGAGGACAGGUGAACUUGCUGCAGCAACACGCACAGUGGUGGUAGUAUCUACCCAUGCUAUGCUUACUCAUGCCUGCAGAGGACCGUGGAUGUUUAUGAAUGUUUUUAAGGGAAACCAAAGAAGUGAGAGAGAGCGAGGGAGAGAGGGAGAGAGCCAGCGCUAGCGGGGCGGAGAGAGUUUAUGUUGUUAUGAGAAGUGUGAUAAGUUUAUAGGAUCAUUAUGAAACUGUGGUCGGAGAAAUUAGACCCAGUUAGCUGCCGCAGUCGAAGUUAUCAGUGGGAAACACGGUUGUUUGAUACUUUGGUUCAGUAUCUCAUUCUGAACUUUGGUUAUAAAACUAAAUGAGGGUUAGGACAGUUAUCAAAUGGGUUUAGUUCUGGAUGCGUUGAUUUCUGUCACCUUCCAGAGUCUUUCUGGUUAGUUUUCCACCUUUUGUGUUCUGGAAGUGUUUCCUUGUUGAACUGUGGUGGAGCGGUUGUAACACAGAGAGGGAAUUUUAUACUGAAAAGGGAGAAACUUUGACAAAUAUCAAUAUCUGUGGUUUGUUUGAACACAAACUGCUGAAGCCUCAACAGUCUGUGGGUUUUGUAACGCACAUCGGGAUCAGAUCUCUAAACUGACGAUAUGAACGGGAUGAUUACAGCAGAGGAAACCGUGGCUUCACUCACAUGGACGCCCGAGUAGAAGGAACCUGUUCUUUAACCUCCUGCUGCUUUUGUCGCGCUUUGAUGAUGUCAUUUCCUGAAUGUAGGUGGGUGGGCGGACCAGGUUGUUUGCUGAAGCCUGUUAACAGAAUCACAAGUUACCAUGGUUACAGAGGAAACGUGGUGGAUCUGACUGCCAAACAGUCUCAGCAGCUGGAGGGAGCAGUUGAGAUGGUGUUUUUGUUUUUUAUUUUUAUAAUUCAUAAUUCUUUUAUUUUCAUGUUGGAGUUUUUCAGUCCAACUACUCACAUCAACUCAAACUAACUCAUGAGACAGCUGCUUGGUCGUGUCACAUUUGAUGAGUAAAUUGUUAAAGCAACACUACGCAACUUUUAAACCUCCAAACAGCAGCUUGAUUAAAACCAGUUUGAUGUUUCAGUGACUGAAUCGGGAGAAGGUUUCCUCCUUCAUUCCCACUCAUCACCCUGUGACUUUGAGUGGGUUCGAUCUCCUGUGAGGAGAAGUGACAGAACCACAGCUUCAACUGUCAGAUUCAGCUCCAGUGAGUUGAGGAGUGAAGCUGAACUGAUGAUCAGUUAUUAAAAACCCCAAUAUUCAGCAGGAAACUGUUAAAAUGUGAAGAAUUCUAAACAGUUCUGUGAAUUUGUUACAGCAGCAGCUCUUCUGGUUCGGGAAGCAGAGGAUCAUGGGUAAUAUCAGUUCAGUGAGUGGGACGACUCAGAUAAUCUCUGUUACACGAAGCCCAAACGGAAUGAAUCUCCAUGCGUGGCUGCAGGGGGCGCUGUUGUUCAGUUAAAGUUGCAUAGUGUUGCUUUCGAGGGUUCGGACAAACUGAAGACAUCACACGGCUUCGAUAAAUUGUGAAGGUGUUUUUUUAAAAAAUAUUUCACAAACUAAACAAUUUUAUUAAUCAAGAAAAUAAUCCGAUUAAUUGAUAAUAACCGUUAGUUUCAGCCCUUGAUGAGACAAAGUGACGGCGAACCAGGUGAAGGAGCUGAGAUCUGAAAGUGCAGAGUCGUCACAGCAUCAGACAAACUGCAGCAUCGUGUCCAGCUCCGACUUCUCGGCCUGUUUCUUCUUCAUCAUCAUCCUCAUCCUCAGUGACCGUGACAGUGAACGUCUCCUUUUGACUGAUGUGACUCUACAGAGGGGUUUUCAAGUAGAGCCGGGGAAAGAGAGCAGAGGCUGCUGGGUAACUGGGCACGAGGGUCAUACUGCUGCUCUGCUGGUUGUUGUGCCAUAAGUGGCUUGUUGUGUGUCUAUUUUUGUCCAUGUGCCUAAAUGUUCUGGUAGGACUGGAGGACGAGGGUUGUGUGUGUGCGUGCGUGUGUGUGCGAGUGUGUAUUUUGAAACGCUCACUUUGUUGCAGGCCGCGUUCACAGCUGAGGUCGGAGGUCGUCUGACACCAGCGGCUGUGGACGCAGCCUCGAACUCUCAGAACCUCGAAUUCCUGACGAACCGACGCUCCACGAUGAGUUCAGGGACGCUGGGAGGUUUCUGAGGACGGCGACGGAGACUUGUGGAGAGUUACAGCUGUUUGACGAUUGUUGAAAGGUUUUUUUUUUUUUGCGGGGGGGGGACUUUUCUCGUCCAGAUUAUUGCAAGUCUUCUCGUUGUCAGGUAGAAACUUUGCGUUCUCCUCGUCCUCUGAAACCAGCAGCGCGCGAGGAGGCUUCAGAUAAACUGGUAACACUUGACUUCAGUUCCUCUGGUUCCAGUGUCCACUCUCCAGCCUCCGUCACCUCCAUCAGAAAACCAAUCACACUACAAGACUGAAACCUCGGACGACAGAACCCCCACACUCCACUCUGCUCCCAGCGUUAGACGUGUUUUCUGGAAACCGUCAGCAGCUCUGUUCAGUCCAAACACUAAAUCCACAGAUUUUAGUUUCAGCUCCAUCCAACACUUGUUUAAUCUCGUCUCCGUCUUUUUUGACUGAAAUCAAACCGGCCACAUUUCGCUCUGAGGUCAAAAGGCUGGAGAGUGAACGGCAGCGAACUGAACCAACCACUGAUUGUUCUAACUGUCGAAGACGCGUCAGGCAGCCGACGAGGUCUGGACACGUUUAAACUGCUUGAUGGCGACAUGGGUUUGGUUUGAUUGAUUUUGAAACUUGAGCAAAAAUGUCACAGAGUUAAAGUUGUGGGACGAGGAUUCACUGCAGAGGGUUUAAAUAUACUGUACGUUAAUAACGACAGGAAACAUUGAAGUAGUUAUUAUUUAUCUUUAACAACACGAGGCCUCUACGUUCACAAGUGCUUUUUUAUUUAUCGAAGCAAAGUUUUAGGUCAAACGCUCGAAACACUUUGCAGGUGCUGGUAAAAAAUAAUUCAAGUUUUGUUCUACGUUAACACAACAACGUCAAUGUGGCCUAAAAUAAAAAGGACGAAUAUGAUGGUAGGACCGCAGCUAUCAGUUAUUUUUACUAUCGACAAAACAUUCUCUGAAGUCUUUAGGUAUUUGGACACGAGAAGCUGAAACUUAUCGGGAAUCAGCGUAUGAAAUAUUUCCAGAUAGUUGAAGCUUUAAAAGAUUCCCUGUGUAGUUGUGUGUUCAUCUUGUUCAGUAACUCCCACGUGAAAUAAACAUAUUUUCUUAACGAUAAAUCACUGACGAGCUUUAAAAAAACCCAAAGGUUUAAUUUAGUCUGAAAGUAUUUCCAACAUUUUCAAAGAAGUAAAAAUAAAUGUUCGGUCUACUUUGUGAUAAAGAAAUGAUUUUUAAGAUUUUUGUUGAGCUCCAAGUUUCAUUCUGGAUCCUCAAAACAGCUUUUGACAAAAUCUCCACUCAAGGUUCAAUCACAGGCUUAAUCUGUUGAAAUGUAAAUAUCACACUUUGACGUUAUUCUGUUAAAAGCUGAACUAAAAUAACAAACUAAACCAAACUAAAAAAACCUUGAGACAAAAUAUUACGUAACGUUCUUUUUGUCAACUGCUGUUUCUGAGUUCAGGAAGAAACUCAAACAUCUGUUUUCUCUGACGCGUGAUUAACUCAGGUUGUCAGAACGACGCAGUAAACGAACCUUAAAACGACCUUCUGGGUUUUUAAAAGAUCGUUGGGGAUUUAACGCAGCGAUAAAACUAAGAUAGAAGAUUCUAGAGAAGACAAAGUGUCCAGACCUCCGACCUCUGACACAGCUCCGUCAGGUGAGCUGGGCUCCGAUUGGUCGCUCGUCCCUGCCUCCAGCUGCUGCCUGAGCGUCGAGGUGCGGAAACAUCACAGCACUGUGAAACCUACAGACUCCUGAAUAACGCUGUGUGUGUAAAUAGCUGAGAGAAGAGAACUAUUUGAAAAAUACAAAGGCGACUCUGCUGUUUGGCAUUUUGUAUUUAAAUUAUUUAUUUUUGUAGAUUUUGACCAAUGAGCUCUGCUGUUACAGUGGUGACAGUCGAGCUCUUUCUAUUGAAUAAAGAUUUCUAAGAGACUAAA